AUGGGGGCUGAACUGAGUGACGAUUUGCUCAGCAUACCGGUGAAAGUCCUCGCACAUUGUGUGAAGGAGCAGCAGGUGCGGUUCGCGUUUCUGCAGAGUGGUGAAGUGAUCAUACUGGCGACGGGCAGUAUUGUCAACUUUGGCCUGAAUCAGCUGGAUGGCGAGGGAGCGUUGGUCAACGGGUGGAGGUAUAUGUAUCUGGUACAAGGGCUCAUCGCCAUGCUGCUUGGAAUCAUCACCUACUUCUGGAUCGUUCCCUUUCCUGAGAAUGCCCACGAGGCUGUGCGGUUUCUCACUGCUGAUGAGCAGAAGCUGGCCGUGUCGAGGAUACAGAAAGAUCGCAAGGAUGUUCAAGCCGAGCCGUUCACAUGGAGGGAGAUCUUCCAUCAUGCGAAGGAUGUCAAGGUCUACGGAUUUGCUUGCAUGUUCUUCUUGCUCAAUCUGGUGUCGACCUCAUUGAGCUACUUCCUCCCGAUCAUCCUGCAAUCUGGCAUGGGCUUCAGCGAGAACAAGUCGAUCUUGCUUUCUGCUCCGCCCUACUACUACGCCGUCCUGCCGGUCAUCAUCUCAUCCGUGGUCGGAGACAACUUCAACCUUCGCGGGCCCAUCAUCGUCUUCAACUGCAUCUGUUUGAUCAUCGGCUUCUGCAUGCUCGGCUUCACAGACCAGGUCACGGUCCGGUACAUCGGCACGUAUCUCGCCACAGGAGCGUACGUGAGCAACUGGGCCGCCAUCACGACCUACCAAGCCAACAACAUCACCGGUCAGUGGAAGCGUGCCUUCACCGCAGCCGCCGUGACAGCCAUGAACGGAGCUGGUGGCAUCGCAGGCAGCUACAUUGUCCGCCAAGAGGAAGCACCGAGAUACAUGACCGCGGUGUGGAUCUCGAUCGGCUCGCACAUCCUCAUCAUAGCGUUCGUUGGGGUGUUCUCGCUGUACUUUCAUGCAAUGAACAAGAGACAGCGGGCUGGGAAAGCGUUGUUGGAAGGGACUGUGGGCUUCAGGUAUACAUUCUGA